AUGGCGCCCAUGAUGAUUGAAAACGAGAAUGAUGUUGAGGUUGGAGAGAGUCUUCCUCCUAUGACUGAGCACGCUGUCAGUGUCUCAUUACCGACAUGGAGAGCCAAUAUUGGCUACGAAGAAGGUGAAGAGUGGGUCGUCAGUAAGAUGAAGACCGGAUAUCCUAGGUUCUUCAUACAUAAAACCAUUCAGGCCUUCGCAGCAGACAUUGUAGAGAAGUAUGGAAGAGAAGGAGAGGGGGCAAUGCUCUUCCCCACACAUUGUACCGCAUCAAGAUGUCGAGACUUCAUCCUCCAGACCGCAGUCGACCAGGACACUUCGCAAGUCCGGAUUGUUGACCUUGUUCCCGCAGCGGAGAAAGCACGCGCUGAAGAGAUGAACGUCAUUUCACCGAAGAUAUCUGCUGUACUCUACCCACUGGAUCUUUUCAAGGUCGCAAAACAGUUCUGGCAGCACUCGGGAGACGGCGUAUCGAGUAGAAGAGCAGAGUACUGUCACCAUCUGUUUGAGAAGGGCGUUCUCCUCGACGCAGCCAAGCUCAACGAGCCCACCCGCUUCUGCAAAGGACCUCGACGAUACCAGAACAAGAAAUCCAUCGACCUCGACGCUCCCGCUGUCCAACAAGACGCCGAGACCGUGACCCAGUUCGUCGAGCAGAGAUUCGGCCGCAACCUCGAUCUAUCCCUGACCAAGAACGCCAAACUCGCUGUCCGCCGCCGCAUCGCCGGAUCCCUUACCGCGGACGUUGCGCUCACGGAAGCACUAUCUCUCGACAUGGACUCGGAGCGCACUCGACAAGUCGCCGAUUUCUCCGAAGACGACGUCUACCUCUACCCCACGGGCAUGAGUUCCAUUUUCAACACGCACAGGAAUCUGCUCGCCGCCAAGGGACAGCACAAGGCUAUUGUUUACGGAUUCCCCUAUAUCGACACGCUCAAGAUCACCGAAAAAUUUGGGCCUGGUUCGCUGUUCUACGGCCAUGGCUCGAGUGAGGAGUUGAAUGAUUUGGAGAAGCGGUUGGAAAGCGGCGAGAAGUACCUCGCUCUGUUCACAGAGUUCCCGGGUAACCCGCUGCUCAGAAGUCCGGAUUUGGAGCGCAUACGGAAGCUGGCGGACAAGUACGACUUUUGCGUCGUGGUUGACGAGACGAUUGGAAACUUCAUCAACGUGAACGUGCUACCAUACGCAGAUGUGGUGGUCAGCAGUCUGACCAAGGUCUUUAGUGGCGACAGUAACGUCAUGGGCGGAGGUCUCGUGCUCAACCCCAAAGCGAAAAACUACAAGCUGCUCAAGCAGCGAUGGACAGAGGACUAUGAGGACAACCACUGGGCCGAAGACUCCAUCUUCCUGGAACGCAACAGCCGCGACUUUGUGUCGAGGAUCGACCGCAUCGGCACAAACGCCGAAGCUAUCUGCGACGUGCUGAGCGCGCAUCCACGCGUGAAGCAAGUCAACUACCCCAAGACCUCACCGACGCGUCCCUUUUACGACAAAUGCCGCAAUCCAAAGGGCGGCUACGGCGGUCUGCUCUCCGCAACCUUCUACACAAAAGCCGAUGCCAUUGCCUUCUUCGACAAUCUCGACACCGUCAAGGGACCGAGUCUGGGCACCAACUUCACGCUGAGUAGCCCGUACGUCAUUCUGGCACACUAUGGCGAGUUGGACUGGUGUGCGAAAUGGGGUGUCGAGGCUGAUCUGAUCCGCUUCAGCGUUGGGCUGGAAGAGACGAGUAAGUUGGUCGAUACGUUCAAGAGGGCGCUGGACGCUAUGGCGACGGCGUCGCAGGAGACUUAG